AUGGGUAGCGGGGCUUCUGCCAGUGAUCCUAAAAGAGACACAACAGAAGAAACAGUUACCCGGGAACAGAUGAGAGAAGAUGCUGCACAGUCCACAUCACACCAAGGAGACCGUGACGGCGGAGAGCGGAUAGUGAGAAGGGACAGUGUGAUUCAAUCUGAGAAUCAUCCCGUGGUGGAGGAUAAGCCUAUUGAGUCUGGAGAGACAAACACAGAGGAAACAGAAGAGGACCUCAAACAAGACCAAAAGUCUCAGUCACAAGGUCCAGUACCAGACGAUGCAUCCAGGGAUGAAAUCUGCAGUCCUGAAGUCAGUGGAAAACCACCUAGUGUUGUGGUUGAUGUAGAUUCCAGCGAAGCAAGUAUCUCGGAAAAGGAGGGAAAUGAAGAUCCUGAGGAGAUUCGGAACAGUUUCAAAACUACUUCUAAUGAGUCCACUAUAGACAAUGAGGAAGUUCCAUUAGCCUUUGAGAGUUUUCUCCAUCGGAACGGCAUACUCUACAGCUGCUUCUGCCAGCAUGGCCACCGGAUGUAUGUUGAUGAGUCAAAGGGACUAGUUCCUUUUCCAAUGGAGUGGUAUGACGAAGGAAGAUUUUGGGAGAUGAACAUUGAUUUUGUCACACAGAGAGUGAAAAAAGUCAUGGAAACUCUUCCUGGUCUGGUGGACCAGAAAGAGAUAAUUGCAGCGCUCAGACAGUGUAACUAUGAUCCUGACGAGGUCAUGAGCCAUUUGGAAAAGGACAGGAUGAUAGAAGACCUCAAACAAAAACUUCAUACAAAAGAGAAUGAGCUAGAGAAACUUUUCCAGAGGAACCACUACUUAGAACAAGAUUCCAGGUACCUCGCUGACGUGGUCCAACACUUGAACCAGCGAGUAGCUGAACUUGAGGCUGACAAGCAAGAGGCCAGGGAGAAGAUCAGAGCCUUGUUGAACCGAAGAUCCACAAAAGCACCUGCUAAGUUGCCCCCUAAACCCUCUGUAGAUCAUGAGCACCUCCGUCAAGUCAGCCGUUUGACUCAUGAGUUGAACGUCUCCACCAAGCAGCUGGGCUCCACGGUGCGUCAUGCCCUUGUGGAUCUGCAGAACCACUUCCAGCAGCUGAGAGAGCUGGUGGAGAAGAUGACCGAAGCCGAGCAACACAGGGUUUUGGAGCAAGAGGAGGUUCGCUCUCUCUACAUGAAAGAGGCUCUGGAGAGAAAGACUUUGUACAACAAACUCCUGGAGCUUCAAGGGAACAUCCGUGUGUUCUGCCGAUGUCGAGGUAACACUUCAUCAAACUCCUGUUUGGAGGUGUCUUCUGAACAGGAGAUUGUUGUCAUCCAGAAAGGAGGCAAGAAGAAAUUGAACUUUGAUAGGGUCUAUUCACCAAACUCCACUCAGGAACAGGUAUUUGAGGGGACAGUGCCCAUCAUAACCUCUUGUGUGGACGGAUAUAAUGUGUGCAUCCUAGCAUAUGGCCAGACAGGCUCUGGGAAGACAUACACGAUGAUGGGUCCUAAAAACAAUCCAGGAGUUAAUAUAAGGUCUAUCAGAGAGUUGCUGUCUAUAUGCAAAAACAGAGAAAAUGUAACAUACACUCUCAAGGUAUCCAUGUUAGAGAUCUACAAUGACAGCCUGAAUGAUCUUCUUGCAAACAACCCAAAUAAUCAUCUGGACAUUCGCACCCAAGGAAAGUCCGUCACUGUUCCAGGUUUGACACAAGUUGAGGUCAAGACUGAGGAUGACAUUUUGCAUAUCAUGGACAUGGGUGAAAAGAACAGAAAGAUAGCAUCUACCAAAAUGAAUAUUGAGAGCUCUCGCUCUCACCUCAUCCUCACCUUGACUGUGGUUGGAGCCGACGGCCUCUCCGGGGUCACCUCUCACGGGACACUGACCCUGUGUGACCUGGCUGGCUCUGAGCGCAUCUCCAAGACAGAGGCCAAAGGGCAGCGCCUAGUGGAGGCAGCAGCCAUCAACAAGUCCCUCACAGCAUUAGGACAGGUGUUCAGUGCUUUGAAAUGCAAUGCCAUUCAUGUGCCUUUCCGAAACUCAAAACUCACACAUCUGCUUCAGCCUUGCCUUUGUGGAGAUGCCAAGGCUUGUGUGUUUGUGAAUGUAAGUCCUGAUGCUCGAAACGUAGUUGAAACUCUUAGCACGCUCCAGUUUGGCUCUUCAAUUCGUCAGGUGGCACUGGGGAAAGCUACACAGCAUGUCACUUCAACACCAACUACCAAGCAAGACAAAUAA